CUCAAGUACUCAGACUAUUAUCCCCUUCCCCUCUUCAAGUACUCAGACUACUAUCCGAACCAAACCAACCUCCCAUCCCCUCUUUGGACAGCGGAGUAAUCAAACACAAUGUCCACCUUCAGCCACACAGACACGAGCAGCAAGCCCGCCGACCCAUACACCCAAAAGAAUCUGGACGAACCCCCAUUGAAAGAAAAGGUUCAGGACCUGCUCAACUUCAUCCAAGAGCACAAGUUCUGCAUGAUGACCACGCAGACGGUCAACUCGGACCUGCUGGCAUCGCGGGCCAUGGCGUUGGCCGCCCAGGAAGGCAACGGCUUCGACCUCCUCUUCCACACCAACACCGAGUCGGGCAAAACCGACGACCUGCACACCCAUCCCGCGGUGAACAUCUCCUUCAUCACCCCCUCGGGCGACUGGGCCAGCAUCUCCGGGCAUGCCACCAUCGAGACGGACCGCGAGGAGAUCAAAAAGUACUACAGCCCCAGCCUGAAGGCGUGGUUGGGCGAUCUCGGAGACGGGGUUCACGACGGUGGUCCCGAUGACCCCAGGAUCGGCAUCAUCAGGGUCAAGGCGAACACGGCGCAGUACGCCAUUGCGAAGAGGACGGUGGUCGGAGGGGUUGUGGAGCUGGCCAAGGGGGUGGUGACUGGGCAGGCCCCGUCUGUCAACAAGUUAAGGCAUCUGAGUGAGAGCGAGAUUCAGCAGUGGAGGUCUCAGUGAGGGAUGGGCUUUGUUCCCUAUAAUGGGCGAUGCCGUUGGCAGAUUGCAGUCAUGGAUUUCCACGUGGAGAUGCGGAAUAUGGGUUACUAUGAUGAGCUUAACCAUGUAGUCAGGCCUACAUGACGACUUAAUAGUGUCGCAAUUCAUUCAUUCUACUGAUCCCGGAACCCAU